UUCGACUCCUCGUUGUACGUGGACUGUGCGAAUAUGGCCGCACACGCAGGCUCGCCAGUGCUUCAUAUCUGGCCAAAGACGGAGCAGAACCUCUCGCUCGACCCAGCGUGCGUUGCGGCGCUACUCUACCUCCAGCUCGCCAUCCCGAACCAGUUCGAGCUCGACUACACUACAGACCCGGACCUUUCGCCGAGCGGUAGGUUGCUGCCUUAUCUGUCCCAUGGACUGCACAAAGUUGCCAGCUUUGAGUCCAUCGUAAAAUAUGUUGAACGUUUGGCGUUCGAGGGAAGGCGGCAUCUGGAUGAGGACCUGGGUCCGCUCGAGAAGGCGCAAAACGCAGCCCGCGUUGCGCACGUCGAGUCAACAUUGGGUGAUUUUGUGGCGCACGAAUACUACUCGCUUAGCGCGAACUGGACGCGCCAGACGCGCCAUACCCUUGCCGUAAUGCUGCCAAUUCCUCAACGAUAUUACGUACCGGAACGCAUACGUCUAUCUUGGAAACCACGUCUAGAGGCUGCCGAGCUCUGGGACGUGGUCGGGAUUGAGGAGGAGGAGGAGAGGGAACGCCAACGCUUCUCGUUCGGCUUGCAGAAGAAGAGAACAAAAAAGAACCAGGAUAAGCUCAAGUUUAAGGAGACGUUUGAGAGAAAGAGGGUCACAGACAAGGCGAAAGCAUUCUUGGACAUCUACUCUCGAAUGCUCGGAGAUCGCUCACUCUUUUAUAGCAACGACUCUCUUACUACUCUGGAUGUCGUCUUCGCCGCACAUGUCCACUUACUUGACGCCCACCAACCAGACCCGCUAUUCUCAAAGCUAAUCGAAGAAUCAUACCCCAGCCUCUUCGCUCACUGCAAUCGCGUCUUCGCUAUCGCAUUCACGGAUGGGUUCCCCUCCGCCGCUACUGGCAACACCAGCUUCUCCUUCCGCUCGAUCUUUCCCCACAUACCGGCAGCUCGGCCUUAUCAGAAGCUCCACUCUCCUGCGUGGGACGCUCAGCAGCGCAAGUUCAGGCUCAUACGAUGGGGCUUCUUCGGUGGCGUCGGUCUGUUCCUUGCUUCGUACCUCUAUUUCGGUGGUUUGGUCGGUGUGUACCUUGAAUCGUUCCGGAAGAUACGGGCAAUGGUGGAGGCUGCGGAAAGGGAGGCAGAGGAGCAGGAAGAUGAAGAGGUCGAGGGUGAAGACCAGGAUGAAGAAGAUGAGGAGGUUGCAAUUGAAGAAGAAAUGGAGGCAGAGGUGGACAGCGAGGUGUAAUGUUGGGUGCUUAGAGCUCACACUUGGUAAUAUAUUACACAUGUGCUUAUUUUUGCUAUUACCAUCUAUUCAGCCGCUGUAUGUUUGGUUGCCAUACUAGCGAUGCUAAACUAAUGCUACG